GACAAUCCAGGGACUAGGAGUCAGGGGGUGGGUGGCUUCCCAGUGGGAUUCUCAGCUGCUGGGAGGGGUGACAAGGAGGGAAGAAACAACCUCACGGAGCCCUGGGCUCAAGCUUACUGUGGACGAAAGCAGGGACCUCAAGGAGCAGCCGGUGAAGUGCCGAGGCUGCAGCUGUGGAAAGCUGCCAGAGCCUCCCCAGAUGCUCAGCCACCAGGCCUUCUAAUGCGCUGGGCUCUCCCUUAGACCAGCCCGAUGGCUGCACGCGAGAUAUGCGUCAGAGGCCGGGUGGCCUCCACAGUGCGUUACUGCGUGACGAUUGGUGGCACAGUGGUCCUGGUGGCUGGGAUACUCUGCUUUGCGUGGUGGAGCGAAGGUAAUGCCGCUGUCCAGCCAGGCUCGGACCCCGCCGUGAAGCAGCCGUUGCCUGAGAUGCCCCUGACUUGGCUUAAGUCUGUCAGCUUCCUCUGCUGUAGCAUGGGCAGUAUCCUUCUGUUCCUUGGCCUGCUUUGGUCCAUCCAGGAAAGGACAAAGAAGUCCAGCCAGGGGGACCUCUACCGACUCUCUAGAGACCUGUAUCACCUUGCUGUGGAGUCCUCUGAGAAGGAGAGCUACAGGCCUCCCAAGGACGCUGCCAUUCCCACUUACGAGGAGACCAUGUACUGCCCACUGGCCGAGGGUCCCCCGCAAUUCCCCAUGCAACCUGAAGAAGACCUCCAGUGCCACGCCCCUAGGGGUGCCCGGCUGGGGUCAACAUUCCUCUCAGCCCCACCCAGCUACGAGAGCAUCAUCCUCGCUCAGGGGCCUGUUUCUGCAUCGAGUGCUGCAAGCUCCAGGCCUGGAUGAGCUCAGGCUCCAGGAGAGUGACAGGUCUCCAGCAGGCUGUGAAAGCGGCCCCCACCUAACCAGCGAGCGAGUUGCUCGGGCCUCCACCAGUACUGGGCUCACAGCAGGCGUUCAGCAAGAGUGCUGGGUGCUGUUCGUGCAUCUGUUGCUGUGUGACCAUUCGUUAGCUUUAAAUAAACCCCACUUUGUUAUGCCUCA